AUGCCCUCCCCUUACGUACUGACGCCAGCUGCACACCCUUCACCUACCAUAUCGAACUCGAAGAAACCUGUGAAACCCAUCUCACACUCCGCCAGCGCCUCUCUUUCAACACAUCCGAAGACUUUAGGCCCAUCAUACAGACCUUCCCCAAAACGCAGCCCCAGCAUGUCCGUCCUCGAAGGCGGUCUCUCCCACGGCCCACCCCAAAUCCCCAACGCUUCUCUUCCAUACCCCGAACCAAUCUCCCGAAAACUCUCCCUCCCCUCUCAAAAAUCCUACACUCUCCUUCGUCAAGAGGCCGCAGAAAACCCCACCGGAAGCAACCCCGCGAACACGUCCUCACAGCGCGGGGGAAGAUCACGGACGCCGCCCCACCAACUCAUGACUAUGAAGGAACUUCCUAGUCCACCGACGGGCGAUGACGAUGAUGUCGGUGUCCGUACUUCAGUCAUGGGCUCUGGGCCGCAGCCCUGGGCCCAGAGUCCCCCACCGCCACCUACGAGAGGGUCGGAGUUUUCAGCGGGCGGUUCGAGCGGACACGGCGAGAUGGAGAGUCUGAUCGUGAACCCGGUGAUUCCGCCGAGUCCGCCGGGGGGCUCAAUACGCUCGCACUCACGUACUGGGUCGAGUUAUUCACGAGCUUAUUCGUUUCCUGCGCCGCCUUCAGGACCGUCUAUUGGUGGUGGGAUGGGCGUGGAACAAUUCGCAGCCUUCGAUUGGGGAAGCAAGGAAGAAGUGGGAGAGGCGCCGCCCGAGGUGCCGAAGAAGUCGAAGGGGAGGGCGAAGAAGGGCGAAAAGGGGAAGAAGGUUCUGGGAAUCGAAGAUAGUGGGUGGACGGCCGAAUUAGAGGGACGGCCGAAGCAGCCAAGUAAGACGCAGAAGGAAAAGGAGAGGAAGAAGAGAGGGAAGGCGAAGAUUGUCACGGAGCAUGUGGAUAUUAUUGGGGACACAUUUUGGGAGAGACGGCCGUGGAUCUUGAGUGGCAGGGCGGGGUAA